UAUAUUAAUCUGCAUUUAUUUUCUUUAAAAUGUUCUUAAGUCCAUGAUGAUUAUGCGCAGGUUUUUAUUCUUUUUAUAAGAAAGACGUAUGAGCUGUGUGUCCAUGUCACAGCAGAGAGGACUUUGUUAGCAGGCAGGAAAAGGGCAACAUUUAGGAAAGCACAUAGGACGGUUUUAAAUUAAUGGUUUGCUUCUGAUUAAUGGUUUUUUGGUUACAGGCUUUCAUUUUUCACUGACAGAGUAAGAAAGAAAAGCAUUCCUCUGGUAGAGAGGAAAUAUCAGUCUGGGAUUUUUGAGAAUUGAUUGGUUCUAGUGUGCUGUAAGUGGGAGGAUUUUUUUUUUUUUUUGCUACAGGAAGUGAUUUGCUGUGUUCAGUCAGCCUUUUGUUGAGAAGGGUCUUCUCAGAUCUGUGAGUCAUGCUUUUGCUGCGAACGGGUAGGCAACUCUAAAAGAGCUGGGGAUCUCGACCAUCUACCGUUGCGUUUUCUCUGGACAUCGCAGGCGGAAGAGAUUGUCCUGGCACCUUUUUUCCUCCUUACAUGUAUGUUCUCCUUCAUGGGCUGCGUGUUUUCUCUUUUCUGAACCUGGAGUGUAGCUGUGGCUUUCCUUAACAACAACAACUGCGACCACCAUUACUGCAGCAGAAAUAUUACAUCGGACUGCUUGUUUUUGCUACAAGGCAUUUGCUAUGCUAAAGGAGGGGAUAAUUAGCUUGGCAUUGCAUCUGCCAGUGCGCAUGUAGGCAGGCAGACAGAGGGGCAUGCUUCACCGUACCAAAUACAACCGCUUCAGGAAUGAGUCUGUGACGUCCGUCGAUGAUCUUCUCCACAACCUCUCCAUGAACCCCAAGGUUUCGGCGAGCCCUGCACCCCCAGCCGAGCCCCCUUAUGCCCCACCGGCCGAAGCGCUCCACACAGACCCGGAGGAUGGCGGUAACACCCUCAGCACCCUCAUCAAUAAGGUCUCUAACCUGAAGUUCGCCAACACAGGCGGCCUGAUGGGCAUCAAAAGCCUCCCCUCGGCGGUGAAGGACCUGGCUGUGUCCAAGCUCCAAGGGGGCAGCGGAUCUGGGGCCCCAAGCCCCACCAGCGUGGCAACAGCCAGCGGUUCUCCUUGUGCCCAGCAGUUGGACGCAGGUAGCAUGAGCACAGGGAAGAAGAGCAGGCUGGAGGAGACACACCUGGGAGUGGAGGACUGGAAUCCUGGCAGCAGUGUUGUGAAUAAGCCUUCCAGAGGAUGGCUGCACUCCAGCGAAAAGAUCUCUGGACCCGGCGUGACGUACAUCGUAAAGUAUUUGGGAUGCAUAGAGGUCCUUCGCUCAAUGAGAUCCCUAGACUUCAAUACAAGAUCUCAAAUAACAAGGGAAGCCAUAAGUAUGGUGUGUGAGGCUGUCCCAGGUACCAAAGGAGUGUUUCGUAAGAGGAAGCCCCCCGCAAAAGCUCUCUCCAGCAUUCUAGGAAAGAGCAACCUUCAAUUUGCAGGAAUGAGCAUCAACUUGAACAUCUCCACCAGCAGUCUAAACCUUAUGACACCAGAUUCCAAGCAGAUAAUAGCAAAUCAUCACAUGCAGUCCAUUUCCUUUGCGUCUGGUGGAGAUCCGGACACUACUGAUUAUGUUGCAUACGUAGCUAAAGAUCCUGUCAACCGCAGAGCAUGUCAUAUACUGGAGUGCCCUGAUGGCCUGGCCCAGAGUGUGAUCAGCACCAUUGGCCAGGCUUUUGACCUUCGCUUCCAGCAGUACUUGCAGUGUCCGUCCAGCAAACUUCCUAUGUCCCACGAAAGAGUGCUGAGUGUGGACGAGUCUCCAUGGACAGAGGAAGAGGAGGAAACAACUGAGCAUCCGUACUACAACAAUAUACCAGGGAAGAUGCCACCACCAGGGGGCUUCAUUGACACAAGGCUGAAGAACCAAAUGUCAGGCCCAAAUGAGAGCCAUCAGUCAAGCCCAGUGGCUGGACAAGACCAAACGUACUACCAAGGAAGGCACUGUGCGGAGAGCUGGGGAGAAGAGCGGAGACCUGUUCCGGGAAGACAGGACUCAAGUGACAUAUACAGUCUACCUGAAGGAAAGAAUCCAUUGCCAAAAUCGACAGGAACCCCUACCUAUGUGAACACCCAGCACAUCGAUGUGCGGGUUCUGACUGCAUUGCAGGUGGAGGCUGACACUGUGACAGAUAAGCCUGCAGUGGUGGCCAAAGACAGUCCUAGGAAGGAUAUAUUUGAUAUGAAGCCCUUUGAAGAUGCUAUUAUGACUCAGCCUCAAGUCCCAGCUCUGAGCAAAAUGGCCUCAGUGGACAAUUCCAGUCCCCUCUUGGUCCGCGCCGCUGCCUUCAAGGCCCAUGAGGAACUGGAGGGGCAACCAUGGUACCACCGAGAGAUGAGCCGCAAGGAGGCCGAGAAGCUGCUGCAAGAAGACGGGGACUUCCUUGUGAGGAAGAGCACCACCAACCCGGGCUCUUAUGUCUUGACAGGCAUGCAUAAUGGGAUGGCCAAGCAUCUGCUGCUAGUGGAUCCUGAGGGCACGGUACGGACAAAAGAUCACAUAUUUGACAGCAUCACUCAUCUAAUUACCCAUCACCGUGAGAACAGCUUGCCCAUAGUGUCUGCUGGAAGUGAACUCUGUCUCAAACAGCCUGUAGCCAGGAAAUAGUGACCAGUCAGUGUAGACCAUGUUGGA